AUGGCAUUGAUACUCGACAACUUCUCAUCAAUCCCAUUGCAGGGCUUGCACCGGGUACAGCUCUACAAACCAAUGGUGGCGUCGUCAACAUCAUGCUUCGCUCAGAUCAGAACAUUGUUGAACAUCAAGUUCAAUCCAAUCAAGAGUGCGCAGUAUCGUCAGUAUGGUAUGAAGCCACCUAGAUCAUUGCUAAUAUAUGGUGCAGGAUCAUGUGGAAAGAGAACACUUGCAAAGGGCCUGGCAAAGGAGAUUGUUGACGCAGGCAUGGCCGACGUCAUCACAACUCUAUCAACUCAAGAUCUUAUCAAGUACUCCUCAUAUGUUAAAGGAUUUCAACAGCGAGCCUACGAGGUCAAGCAACUAAAGCGUGUAAUAUUUAUCAUGGAGAAUGUUGAUGAACUGUUUCCAAGCCCAAGGGAAGAGGGUUCUUCAAGUUCUGGUUCAACAACUGAUCAAUCAAUUGUCAAUGCGUUUGUAGAUAUGCUCAAAGAUGGAGCUGAGGACAACAACAAUAUAUUUGUAAUUGGCAUCACCAAGAGAGUUAAGAAUUUGAAUUCAAUAGUUAGGACAUUGUUUGAUGACGAGAUUAAGAUUGAACCUCCACAACCAAAGAAGAGAAUUGAUAUCUUUAGGAAUCACUUUGGGUCAGAGUUUGGAGUGGAUCAUCAAUCACACAAUGAAGAUAUAAUACGACAAGUUAAUGAUGACUGCAGUGGAAUGGUUGGAGGUGACAUAGCUGUCCUCGUCCGCCAAGCCAAAAUCAACUCAUAUCGAAGAACACAGGCGACUAACCUAAGAGAAAUCAAGUUGAUUAGGGAUGACUUUGUUAACAGUGUGAUACAACAAAGACGACCAGGCGCAAAUUCAUUGUCAAGACUCACACCAUCCAUUCCAAAGGUAUCAUGGGAUGAUGUUGGUGGAUUGGAUCAGGUCAAGCAAUCACUCAUGGAGAUGGUGGUAUGGGAUUACAAACAUGGCGAUGCUUUAAAGAGGCUGGGUGUCAAGACACCUCGUGGCGUUCUUCUUUACGGACCCCCGGGUACUGGUAAGACACUCCUCUCACGUGCCGUUGCCUUUGAGGCCAAUGCCAACUUCAUUGCUGCCAACAUCUCAGAGUUGGUACAGGGCGAGAUUGGAGAGUCUGAGAAGCAGGUUGAGGAGCUGUUUAGAGUGGCCAGGAGUACAGCACCUUCAAUCAUAUUCAUCGAUGAGAUCCAGUCGAUAUUUGGACAACGUGAUGCAAGUGGUCAGCAUGGCAAGAGUCUGAUAUCACAGAUACUCAUCGAACUCGAUCGUCUGAAUGACGAGGACCAGGCCAAUGGCAAGCGAGUCAUGGUGCUGGCCGCGACCAACCUUCCACAAGCUAUAGAUGACUCAUUCCUGCAACCAGGUCGAUUCGAUCGGGCACUCUAUGUCGGCCCACCCGAGAAGGAUGAGCGUCUAAAGAUCCUGAAGGGCUUGGCCCGAUCAAUGAAGUUGGCUCCCGAUGUGGACCUGGCCGAGGUUGCCGCUUGGACCAUCAACUUCACGGGCUCUGACCUUGCAGGUCUAAUGAAGAAGUCAGGACUCUAUGCCAUCCAGCGAGACAUCAAUGUGGAGGCCAUCAGCCGAGAUGACAUUCACAAGGUGUACUGGGAGACCAAGCCAACAGUGACCAUGGAUCAGUUGUUCAUGUUUGAGAAGUGGAACCAAGCGCAUCGUAACAAUCAGCCAAUGACUUAA